AUGGAGAAACCCAAAUCAGAUAUCGAACUGCCUAAUAAAUUAGCAGACCUAAAAUUAAUGGAAACACAGUCAGAGGAGACAGAAUCUACGACGAGAGUUUUAAGGAAACGAAAACAGACAUCCCCUGAAAAUAAAUCCACUAAUCGUAGAGUUAGUAUGAAACCUCGUAAACAUAUUGCUGUUACUGAGACUGGGAAUUCUAAGCAAAUUGAGGCAAUAUAUCUUAAUAAUAAAAUUAAGAAGACUUCAUCUCAGACACUGGAAACAAUAUUUGAGGAACCGAAAAAUGGUAAUACAGAUUGUAACAAUGUAAUGUCACGUAGAAAAGUUAAAAGGCUUUUAACAUUCCACCUAGGUAGUCACUAUACUAAGGAUAAAAUAAAGAGACGAAGAGAAAAAAUUAAAAAGUUAAGAGGAAAUGCAUUUUUAAGUAGAAAACGGAUACCUAUGGAUGUAGUACUGGAAACUUUGGAAGCAUUACAAUCUGAUGAAGAGACGUCAACUGAAAGUAAAACAAUUGAAAGUGUAACUGUGUAA